AUGGGGCUCGUGGCUUCCGUGGUGCCUGCCAACACCUUCUGUGGUGCCCACAAAACUGCUCUCCAGUACAGCCAAGCGGUGAACAAAAGCAACCGAGUGAAACUGUACUGUGCUUUUUUGGAUUACAGCAACGGGAGUGGCGUCUGGUCUAACGAAGGCUGUGUGCGAGAGGAUGGCGACCUCAGCUACUCCAUCUGCUUGUGCAACCAUCUCACCAACUUUGCCAUUUUGAUGCAAGUCGUCCCAAUAAAGGUACCAAUCGGGCACCAGAUGGCGCUGUCAUCCAUCAGUUACAUCGGCUGCUCUCUGUCCAUCUUCUGUUUGACUAUCACACUGGUCACGUUCGCGAUUCUGUCCUCCGUCAGCACCAUCCGUAAUCAGCGCUACCACAUCCACGCCAACCUGUCGUUCGCCAUCUUGGUGGCUCAGAUCCUGCUCCUUAUCAGCUUCCAUUUAAGCCCUGGAACGGUUCCUUGUAAAAUCCUGGCCAUCCUUCUCCACUUCUUCUUCCUGAGUGCUUUUGCUUGGAUGCUGGUGGAAGGCUUUCACCUGUACAGUAUGGUGAUCAAGGUGUUUGGAUCAGAAGAAAGCAAGCAUUUCUACUACUACGGAAUUGGGUGGGGCUGCCCGCUGCUGAUUUGCGUUGUCUCAGUAACUUCAGCUAUGGAAAGCUAUGGAGAAGAAAGCAACUGCUGGCUUUCCCUGGAGAAUGGUGCAAUCUGGGCUUUUGUGGCUCCAGCUCUGUUCGUAAUAGUGGUCAACAUCUGCAUCCUCGUAGCAGUCACGAGAGUCAUCUCACGAAUAAGCUCAGACAACUAUAAGGUGCACGGAGAUGCCAAUGCAUUCAAGCAGAGUCUCAUUAACCAGCCCUCGAUAAACUGCCAAGCCCGAAACCUUAUCGAGCACUUUCUCAUCGUCUUCUUUGAAAUGGUCUGA